AUGGCUAGCAGCAAGAAGAAGAAAGCCAGCGACAAGAAGGUCGAAGAUGGCACCAAGGCCGGUACCAAGGCCAGUACCAAGGCUGGCAACAAGGCUGGAACCAGGGUAUACAAGGAUACCAAGUCUGAUCAGCUUCGUCUCGAGUAUCAGAAUGCGACCAUGGCUGCCAUGAACCAGGUGCAGCCGUUCAAGCAGACUGAUCACAUCAAGCAAGAGCAAGACGAUGACGAUUUCGGAGACUCUGAAGAGACAACUCCCACUGGUGAUGUGGUUAACCAAAGUGAUGACAGUAACUGGGACGAUGAGGAGGAAGAGGAUCAUGGUCAUGAGCGCAAGGCUCGCCCAAACCGCAAAAACCGCAGUCUCGUCAGAUGGUCUGACGACACUGAUAUCCACCUUCUCCUUUGCAUCACUUACGUUUGCCAGAAGGACAAGGUCAAGCUCCCUUGGAAGCGCAUCGCCGAAAAGAUGUCUGAGCAAGUUCCCCACACCACUGAAGGCGCUAUUAGCCAGCACCUGUCAAAGGUUCGCACUUCACGCCGUGGAGGAACUCUGGAGCCUCCUAGCCCAAUCCGGAAGCCAAAGAGCGGAUGCUACAGCACUGAGAAAUCUGAUUCCGUGCCUCCCAAGCAGCCUGUAAACAAGAAGUCCAAGAAGCGUGCUCGUGAUACUUCUCCUAGCCCUCUCAAGAAACACAAGCGUGGCAAGAAGUCUACCGCCGCUAAGGACUCUGCUACUACUUAUUCUCGCCUUGCAGGCAACGACAGCACAGGAAAUACAUACACUAGGUUAGUCAAUUCAGUUCACGCUGGCUUGUUACGCUGUCCUUACUGGGAUAUGGACCGUGAGAAAGAAAAUGACGAAGAACUGAACAAUGCUAACAAUAACAUCCAUGAUAGUGAGAUGGUCGAUGAUCGCAAUGUGCUUCGUCUCAGUGUACCCUCCCUCUCCGCUGGCAACCUCAAUGCCCACACCACCACUGGAAAUACUGCCCGAAUUCCUGCUAGCCAGUACUACGGCUCUGGAUACAUUGCUCCGGCUGACUUGCAUGCGUCUGGUGCCCCCAAUGCUGGGCAUUUCACCGACUACCACACCGGCUAUGGAAACUUGAACAACGGCAGCCUCUUGAACCAGCAUGCCAACCCUUUCGUGGAGAGUGCUAACUACCUUGGCUACCCUCAGCUGGCUUGGCCCUCCACUCCUGCCACCUCUACCGCGGCCGAGGCCCCAUUUGUCCCAAGUGGCGAGUACACCGCCGCUCUCUCCACCCUGGCGGGUUACGGACUCUUCCCGCCCAUGGCUACUAACUCGGUGCCCUGGCACGAGACCCCAAGUACCCAGUACUGGGGAUUGCCGGGGGAUGAGGAGGAGGUCAACGAGGUUGACCAGCUCAUGGGUCCCCGUGCCCCUGUUCCACGUGCUCCUGAGGAGAUCACCUGGAAGCAGGAGGAGGAUGAGGAGGAGUAA